AUUCUGACUUUGUGACAACUGGUAUUAAGGGUUCUGUAAACGAACGAAAUAAGAAAUAUUAUUCAACAUUUAGGAUAUGAGAAUUUGUCAAUCGACAUAUUUUGUACGCUAGAUUGUCUUGUUAGGAAAGGAAUGUUCCUGCUUUUAUAAAUUAAUUGACGAAAAUUUCUACUAUUGUAAGUAUUUCUUUUACUUAAAUAAUACUUAAAACAUUUUAAAUUGACAAUCGGUUUUUUACUGCUAAAUCUGAUCAUCAGUUUUAAUAAAGUAUUCUGCAACCAAAGAGAGAGCAUUUAAUUUUAUUAGUUAUAUAUAACAUUUGAAUGACGCAGAUAGCGUACACUAUAAUAUAGGGCGAAAUAUGAAAAACUCGUAGGGCACCAUUAAAUGCAUAUUCUUAAUAAAUAAAACGGUUUUAGGUGUUAGUUAUCAAGAAUCAUGGCUGGAAGAGAAGAAGAAUUCUCCAUCAUAAGACCAAGUCUUAUUCGUCAAUUAAAGUCAAUUUUGGAUCAAUAUCCUGAUGAUGGUCAAAUAUUAAAAGAGUUGCUUCAGAAUGCAGAAGAUGCUGGUGCAACUACCAUUAAAUUCCUCUAUGAUGAAACGAAUUAUGACUCAUCGAAUCUAAAAGAAUUUCAACAUCCUGAUUUAUCGAAUUUUCAGGGACCCGCGCUUUAUGCUUUUAAUGAUGCAACGUUUACAAACAAAGAUUGGUUAGGAAUUCGUAUGCUGCAAGACAGCGUAAAAGAAAAAGAUCCACUUAAAGUUGGGCGUUUUGGUCUCGGCUUCAAAUCUGUAUUUCAUAUGACUGAUCUGCCGUCUGUUAUCAGUAAGAAUAAACUAGCAUACAUUGACCCCCACGAAAAAUAUUUUACUUUUGAUGGAGAGGCGACAACAGGAUAUUGUUGGAACAUUGACGAAAGGAAUAGAGAAAUGAAUCAAUAUCCCAGCCAAUUUAAACCAUUUAAAUCCAUAUUUGGAUGUAAUGAGGAGAAUUUCAAACGCGGAAAUUAUUCAGGAACACUUUUCAGAUUUCCUCUAAGGAAGAUUCCAUCAGCUCUAUCAAAAACUGUUUAUGGUUCUACGAAAAUCCUCAAUUUAUUUCAGAGUUUUAAACAAGAUGCGCAUUUGCUCUUAAUAUUUCUGAAAAAUAUAAAAAAGAUCGAAUUAUGCGUCAGGCAAAAUUCAACUAUAAGGACAAUAUUUCAAGUAAACUUGGAUGAAGAGACUUGGAAAUUUAAACAAGCUAUAAAACUGAAUUUGGUGCGAAAUAUUGAUUUUCUAAAAACGUAUAGGGGAACAAUUGAAACUAUAGAUUAUGAAAGCAACGCAAAGAAUAAACAAUCUUAUUUUAUUACUGAAAAAUUCUCUUCGAAAAUUCAAGACGAACAAUUGAAAGACUUAUUAAAAAAUGUUGGGCACAAAUAUAUACCGAUCGUUGGCACUGCAAUGCCUAUUGUAACUAGUGAGAGAGAUGUUACUGGACAAGUUUUUUGUUUUCUUCCCCUACCUUCCGAACAGAAAACUGUUAGUGGUCUACCCAUUCAUGUUAAUGGGCAUUUUGCCGUCAGUCAAAAUCGACGUCACCUAAAGUGGUCUAGUCAUCCAAAUCAAAAGCUAUUAAAAACAGAUGUAGAUCUGUUAUGGAAUAGAUAUUUACUUGGACAGAUGCUACCGCAAUGUUAUUGCACAAUGAUUUUAAAAGCAAUCGAAAGUAACAAAAUGGGUCAGUUAAAUGUCGAAGAUAUUUUAAGUUCCUUACCAGAUUUAAGAUUAGUUUUUGAUCAUUGGAAAAUUAUCUUACAACCUUUUUAUCAGACUUUAUUUAAAGAAUCAUUCCUCUUCUCUGAAGUCUUGAAUGGUAAAUGGUUGCACAUAAAAGAAGCUAUUUUCGAUUGUAUGAAAGACGAAAGCACGGUCGUGUUAGGUGUACGCAGACUUCUUCUUGAUUGUCAGGUUCCUGUGGUAAAAGCUCCAGAACAUAUAUUACAUGCUCUCAGUACAUUUUAUAACAAUGAUUUAUUUAUGAUAACUCCAGACUUGGUUAGAAGAGUUAUUUUGAAGCAAAAGAAUUUUGAACAAAAAUUUGAUUGUUCCUCAAAAUUAUUGGUACUCAAAUAUGUUGUUAAAGAUCAUGAUUAUAAUAGUUUGAUUAAUUUGCCUUUGUUACCGCUAAAAAAUGGCUCGUUUACUACUUUUCUUCCAAAAUCAAGCCAAAAUCAAUCCAUAUUUCUUAUGGAGAAAAACGAUCCUAGGAAAUUAUUUCUUGGCAUCGAUCAUUUGCUAGUUCGAGAUGAUAUUGACACGUCUCUCUACGAAGCGCUAAAAAGGAUAUGUAAAGAAGGAUCUCUACAGUUGACGGAUUGUAAGAAGAGUAAUCUCAGUUUUCUUAUUAAGCAAGUUUUAUUGGAAAAUAACUGCGUAUUUAGGCAAGAAAAGCAGGACAUUCUAACAUUAUACCAGUCUGUUUUAAAUGCUGAAUGGUUCGAAAACCUUUGGAAACAUUUAUGCCGUGAAUUUUCGACAGAUUUGUCCAAUUUCGAAAAACUUCCAAUUAUUCUUCUAGAGUCUGACGAUAAUUCAACGCGAUUACUAAAAUUAGAUGCUGGUCCUUUAACUCUGUUAAAAUCAGCUAUGGGUAUUACUUUGCCCGAAAAAGUAUUAUACUUCUUAGAAAAAUCAGGGCUUUGUAUUUUGGAGGGAAUUCCAAAUUUCGUAGCAUCUCAUCCUCUAAUGCUAGGCAAUUAUGUAAAACUACCAGUAUUCGAAGAUAUUAUGGAGGCUCUUUAUUCAUCUUCGCAAAGUUGUGAUAAAAAUUCCUGGAGAGAUAAUAUUAGGGAGAAUUGUACGUCUGAAGAGAGAGAGGCAUUUAGAGAGUGGAUAGUCUCGAAUCGAACUCAAAAAAUUCAAUCGAAACAUAUAGAACUUUUAAAAAAUAUGCCUCUUUUUGAAACAGUUGGGAAUAAACCUUUCGUUGUCACAGCAUGUGAAGUUUCAAAAGCCGCACCAGCUGAAAAACUUCCUAUUCAGAUGUUUUCACCUCAUAUCAACGUCGCAGACAAGAAUGCAUCCAUUUUGGCAAGAAUGUGUAAUGUUCAAGUUAUUCAAAUAACUGAUAUUUUAGUACAACUAGUUCUACCUGCGAUGAGUACUAAUACAUAUCAACCGGACGAGGUUGAAGCAUUCUUUCUGUAUAUUGUCCAAAAAUUUAACGAAUAUUCGAAAUCUAAAGAAUUUUGUGCUACUUUAGCAACAGUUCCAUGUGUCAAAACUGAUUCUCAAACGUUUCUUACUCCAUCAGAGGCGUUUGAUGAUUCAAGUGAAACGGUGAGGAGCAUUUUUGCUCUUCAAAAACUUUUUCCAAUAGGAUUGUAUGCAGAAGAUAAUUCUAGAAGUGUUCUGCGUAGAUUAGGAUUAAAAGGAGAAAAGAACAUUACGGCUGAGGAUCUUUUAGAAGCAAUAUACUGUGUAAACCAGCUUUUAAUUGAAGAUGAAAGUGUGAAGAAUAAAUCAAACUUGACAAAUAAUACUGUGAAUGAAGAUCUAGAAAAUAGUUGUACUAUGAAACAGGAUAUUUUAAAUAAAGCUAUUGCAAUUACCCUCUUUUUGGAAAGAAAUAUAAAAUUAUCUUCAAAUUCUUGCUUCAAAAGCAGCUUGUCUACUUUGAAAAAAUCGCGAUUUAUUCCAAUUUGUCAAUUGCCUCCAGACAAUUAUCCGAAAUCUCUGAAAUGGAAGGCUGAACAAGAUAAUUACCUAUCAAAACCAACAGAAGUUUAUGGAAGAAGAUGGAGCAGAAUUUGUGGAUCUGUCUCAAAUGUUACAAGUAAAAAUUUAUCAACUGAGUUAGAAGACAACUUGGGUAUUGAGAAGGAACCACCUCUUCAUGUGGUCAUAAAACACUUACAAAACAUCAAGAAUUGCUAUAUUUCCGAGGAAAAAGUUAACUAUUUGCCAUUGAUUAUCAACGUUUAUGAGUUUAUUUUUUCAAAACCCGUUGAAAAGCUAAGGAAAGCUUUAGAAGAUUUAAACUUUACUCAGUUUUUAUGGAGUGGUGAUGGAUUUUGUUCCGUAGAUUUGAUGGUUUUAGAAAAAUUUCAAGUUACUCUAGAACCUUUUUGUUUCUUUUGCCCAUCGGAGAUGUUGAAAUAUAUAAAAAUUCUUAAAGAAUUAGGGGUUGAAUCAAAAUGUUCGAUAAAAACUUUACUGAAAGUUCAACAUAGAAUGUCGAAUAAGAUGAAACAAUGUCAAGAUGGACAAUUUGAUUAUAAACAAAACUUACAAAUGACAAUUGAUAUACUAAACUAUAUGAAAGAUUUGGAGGAAGCUAAAGGUCAACUUCAAAAAUUUAUCCUUAUUCCCGUAAAUCAUCAACAGGGCUUUCAAUUUUUUCCUAUUGAAGAGACAAGCUACUGUGAUCUUGACUGGCUCAGACAAGGCUUUGAUAUGGCUAUUGACGAGGGUGAUGAUAUAAAAUUGGCUCACAAUUUACUGCCUGCAACAACUUGUGAGGCAUUAAAUGUUCCAACUUUAAUGAGUAGAAUGUUAGAUGCUGAGGAACUUUGCUUUACCGGAUUUGGGCAAUCUGAACCGUUAACAACCCGACUUAAAGCGCUUUUAGACGAUUAUACAGAUGGACUAGCUGUUCCAAAAGAGUUGAUUCAAAAUGCUGAUGAUGCUGGAGCAACAGUUGUAAAAUUUCUUUAUGACGAAAGAGAGAACGAAAGUUAUAGACAGUACUUGUUGGAUGAAAGAAUGAGUGAAUGCCAAGGACCAGCUUUUUGGUCUUACAAUAAUGCCAAGUUCAGUGAUAAUGAUUUCAAGGCAAUUACACAAUUGGGAGGGGCAACAAAGCUGGAGAGAACGGAUAAAGUUGGAAAGUUUGGAUUAGGAUUUAAUGCAGUCUACAAUCUAACUGAUGUUCCUAGCUGUGUCUCUAACGAUCAUCUUGUUAUUUUCGAUCCCCACUUGAAAUAUUUAAGAAAAGCAGUAAGAGACUGUACAAAACCUGGUAUUAAAAUAGCAAUAAAGAAUUCAAGAGCUCUCCUGAAAAAGCUUCCUCAUCAAUUUCAUACUUAUCAAGAUAUAUUUGGAUGUAAAAUAUGUUCGGAGAAAUCACAUAAAUUUUCAGGAACCUUGUUCCGUCUGCCUCUUAGAACAAAACUUCAGGCUGCUCAAUCGGAGAUAAGUUCAAAGUUUUAUGAUGAAAAUCAAAUGAGAGUGUUGUUAAAUUUGCUCAUCGAUCAUGCUCAAAGUUUACUCCUUUUUACACAAAGUGUAACAAAAAUAGAAUUACAUCAUUUAAAGAAAGAUGGAACUACUGAAGAUAUAUCUAAAAUAUUUGAAGUUUCAAAAUCAUGUAAAGUAAUUUUAGCUCCACCACCAGUUGAUUUCAAUUUUUCAGAUGAUCGAGAGUUGUUGCGAAAUGUUUCUUCCUUGCUCAAAAACUCAGCUGAUUUCUUAAAGAAUAAAAGACAAUCAAACUUGAAUAAUUUCCAAUGGUCUUAUAUUCUACAGAUGUCAUUUAAGAGUGGUUUGAUUUAUGAUGGAAAACAGGAUGAAAAUCCUAGCAUAACUGAUAAAGAAAAGGAAGUUGAAGUGAACAACUCGGAAGCUUCAGAAGAAAAUAAGACGAAUGAUGAUAGCACUAAUAAAACAUUAAAAACCAAUAACAAUGCAUUACUAUUAAAUACGAAGGCAUCAGCAGAUGAUUUUUGGCUAAUUAGAUGUGGUAUGGGUAUUGAAGAGAGUCUCACGCUAUCCUUGGAGAAUACACAAUACGGAUUUAAUUCUGCUUGCUCGGUUGCAAUUGCUCUCCAAAAAGUUGAAAGUAAUUUUGUUCCAAUCGCACUACAGAACUCUCAACUAUUUUGUUUUCUUCCACUUCCGAUACAUUCAAAACUUCCUGUUCAAAUUAAUGCACUCUUUUCUGUUCAAUCAAACAGACGAAGCUUAAAUUAUAAGACAAUCGAUGAUAAGGAAAAUAUUAAGGUGCUUUGGAAUGAACUGCUGCUUAAAGAUGCUGUCAAUAGAGUGUACAUGAAAGCUAUAGAGGAUGUACGACGUCUCCUACCUAGUGAGUUUUCAUUCGAACUAUAUUCUCUAUGGCCAAGUGAUGUACCGCAUCUUCCAAUGUAUUUGGAACCACUUAUCCAAGCAUUUUACAAUAACGUAGCCUGCUUAGAAAAAGUUCCACUUUUGGAAAAAAAUGGAAAGACUGUUUAUUUAAAUAAUUCGCUAUUUCUGGUAGACGAAUUGCAAAAGAGUGAAAUAAUUGAAACUGCUUGUACGUCUAUCAUUCAAACUGUCUUGAAGGAUUUUCACGUUGUUAAGCUAUCUGUGUUAUUAAUGAAAGCUUUAAGGAAAACAGGAAAGAAGUAUAUAAUUGAAGAGCGCUUGAUUACUAUUUCAAAAUUUUUUAAGGAGUAUUUUUUUGAGAAUCUUGGCAUUCUAGAGGAAGAAGAUAUUUAUACAAUGAUAUGCUUUGCACUUCGUUUGAAUGAUGGAGAAAUCAAUGCCUUAAUAUCAGCCUUUGCAUGUAUACCUGCUGGUCCUAAUAAGAUUUUAAAGAAACCUUGCGAAUUAAUUAAUCCGACCCAAGAGUUGGCGAAGUUGUAUGAUGAAAGUGAUAAUAGAUUUCCCAACGGAAAAGAACUGAACGAAGCAUAUUCCUUAGGACUCCUUCAGAAACUAGGCAUGCGAUCGAAUGAUAUUUCUUGGGAGGAGACUAUAGAUCGACUGAAAACUGUAGAGAGAAUAGAAAAUGAGCAACAUCGGAUGGACAGAAUUUCCUCAAUAAUAUCUUUCCUUGAAAUGAAACUUAGAAGAACGUACAAUCCGAACAAUGAUGUUGGUCUGGGAUUUGCUAUGGACGCUGUGCAAAAUAUACCCUUUUUGAUAGCCAGAAAGAAACCAGAAAAUUAUCCUCUUGAAUGGUUUAUAACAGAUGAAAAAUCAAAAUUGUUUACACCUGAAGAAAUCUAUGAAAAGGAGGAUGAGAAACGAUUAGGAAGCGUUGCACCCAUUGUUGAAGAAAGUGUUGGAAAUUUGGAAAAUUUUAGUACUCGUUUGAAAAGCUUCUUACGUCUUAUUAAGAAAAAGUGCUCCUGGGAACUACUGCAAAAGCAGUUUGAAAAUAUUUUACAUUGUUCAUUUGAUAAAUUAAACGAAAAAGAAAGGAAAGAACUAGAGAUAUGCUGGUUGAGAACUUUGCGGUCGUUAAAUCAGGUUUACCCGAAUUUAAAUGAAGAAGAUAAGACUAAGUUUGAAGAUUAUUUUAUAAACAAUGUUAGCGUACAGCAAUCUAUCUUUGUUGACAACAAUUUGGUUAAUCCGUGUAAGGUUGCAAUGCGUUUAGACAAAGAUUGCUCUCCUUAUUUAUACAGAAUACCAGAUGGUGUAAAAGAUUGUCAUAGUUUACUUCUAUUAUGCGGAGUACGUGAAUCAUUCGAGAUCGAAGAUUUUGCAAACAGCUUGACCGAGCUAAAAAAUAACUCCGAAGACAAACCUCUGUGCGACAAAGACCUACUAGUAAGCUUGGCAUUAACUAAUAGUCUAUCAUCGCUUUUGGAAGUUAGCAAUAAAAGCCUAGAAGAAGUGGAAAAGACUAGUGGAACAAUCUAUGUACCCGAUAAUGAAGGAAUUCUGAGAGAAGGAAGAUCUCUUGUUGUUAAUGAUUGUCCUUGGAUGAAAGGGAUCAAUGGUUCAUUAGCUCACCCAAAAUUGUCUCAUUCGACGGCAGCUUUUUUAGGAGUAAGAACAACAAGGGGUGAAGCAGUAAGACGUUAUGCAAAGUCAUUGCCAUUUGGUCAGAAGGAAAAAUUCACAAGCUCUAUAAAGAGACUCAUCCGUAAUAUCCCAAAAGAUGAGAGAAUUUUGUAUGAACUCGUUCAAAAUGCUGAUGAUGCAAAAGCCACCGAAAUACAAAUAGUUCUAGAUUAUCGGAUGCAUCAAAGCAAGCUGGUAUUUGGAGAUGAAUGGCGUAAAUUACAAGGUCCAGCUCUUAUGGUGUUUAACAAUCAGCAAUUUACGGACAAAGACCUUUAUGGUAUCCAGCAGUUUGGUGAGGGUAGUAAAUUGGAAGAUCCAGACAGUUUCGGUCAAUAUGGUGUUGGAUUUAGCAGCGUCUAUCAUUUAACUGAUGUUCCUGUAUUAUUAACUAGCAUUGAAUGCAAGAAAACUUUGUGCGUUUUUGAUCCUCAUUGCCGUUAUAUACCAGGAUCAACAUCAAGUGAUCCAGGUCUUCGGUUUGAUGAUGUUGCAUCAGUUCAACACGAUUUCCCUGACGUUUUUGCACCUUUUAAACUUCUCGAUAAAGAGAAUGCCACAAUCUUCAGAUUCCCUUUAAGAACAGCUGAUAUGGCUCGAACUUCUAUAAUAUCAAAAGUAGAAACUACUGUUGAAGAAGUUCAAACAAUUAUCGAUAGAUUAAAGAAUAUAGCAACUGAUUUACUUCUCUUUGCAAAAAAUUUAAAGAAAAUUACUUUCUUUGAUAUUGCAGUUUCUGGGUAUAAAACUAAUGAAUAUAUUGUAAAGUCGUUUCUUAGUCCCGAGGACGAAAGACUUCGAAGUGACUAUUAUGAUAAAUAUCACAUUGGAGUCGCUGACUUGAAGCGCAACCCUUCGAAUAUAAAUAAAAUAGAAGUGGAACACGUUUGUUACAGUUUGAUGAUGAAAGAUAGCUUGGAAAGAGAACAAACUUGGUUUGUGUCACAAAGAUUUGGCUUUGGUACGAUGGUUCCGCAAAACAUUGAAGAAGCUUUCAUAAACGGAGAAUUGAAAAAGAUAAUACCGAGAGGCUCUCUGGCUUGUCUUUUAAAGAAAACUGUAAGGGGAGAAUUGGCUGUCCAAAGUGGUAAUCGUAAAAUAUUUUGCUUCCUGCCCCUACCGCUUUCAACCAGUCUUCCAGUACAUGUAAAUGCUCAUUUUGUUCUUGAGCAUGAAAACAGAUUAAACUUGGCAAAAGAAGGCUUGGGAGCAGAUUGGAAUCAAAUGCUUCAACGAUUCGUAUUAGCACCGUCUUAUAUUGAACUAAUCUCGUGUUUAAGGAUGAGAGGAUUGGGGCAUACAAUGAGUGAUAAUUUUGCGCUUGUCGUUCCAGGUUGUAGUAAAGCCUUGAUUGAGAGUUCAAUGAAGGCUUUCUAUGAAUUUUGGCCAAAAGCUUCUGAAGAUAAUAUUCUAAAUGAACUUGUUACAUCCUUCUAUGAACUAGUUAAGGAAGAGAAAUCUCCGUUCUUUCCUUGUGUUCAAAUUGCCGAUGAUGAACCAAAUCAAGCACCACAACAGUCGUUUAUAACGUGGCUCCCAGCCGUAGCAAAUUCAAUCGGAGGAAAGAAAGCAUAUUUUACCCAUGAUUCUGAAUCUCUUACUAGUAAUGAAGGAGUUCCAUCGUUCUUUGGCAGAGUUAGAUCUCUUUUCAAAUCAGCCGACAAUGCGAAAGUUCCAAAAACUAAAGAACAAAUAAUGAAAGAUGUUUUAAUAGAUUGUGGCCUACGUUUGGUUGCUACUCCGAAAUUUGUUUUGAGACAUCUACAAGAAGUAAAUGCUGACAUAGACUUUUACGAGCCCAGCGGUGUACUUACGUUUCUUUUUUCCUAUUCUUCUUUUACUGAAUCUUGCGAUAUAGGUGCUACUCUCCCUUGUCCAGUGAAUAAUACUAAAUUUAAAGAUAUUGAAACGAUUAAAGAACUCUCUGUAUACUGUUCAAGUGCUGAAUCGUUCUGGUACAGGUUGGACUGCGUUCCUCUACUUUUGACAGCAGAUAACAUAUUGAGGACUUUUGAUUCAGCGAAACCAGUAUUUAUUCCGACUUAUAUGGAGCUAUUACCUGGAUCCAAGUCAAUGUUCAUUCAUCCAAUACUUUGGGAUGCAGUUUAUAAAAGCUCUCCAAAGAACUUGCCUGUUAUUAAGCCCAUGAGUAUUAGCUUUGUAGCAGAUUUACUUGAUCUUCAACUUUCUAAAGAGAAAUUUUGCCAAGUGCAAGAUCCAGUAGAAUGGAAUGAUAUUCCAUCCAAGAAGUGGAUGACUACAUUAUGGAAUAUGAUUGGAGAAGAGACAUUGGAAACUAUGGAUCAGAUAACAGCAGCUGAUAUAAAUGAGUCUGGAAGCACGAGAAAAGAAAUAGCUAUGAAGAAAACUAUUUCUCCAUUAGAUUAUUGGGCUCUAAUUCCAGCUGAAGAAGGAGGCAAACAGAUACUAAUGCAACCAAGCAUGGCAAAGAACAUUGCUUUUGAUUUUAGACUAGACGAUACGCAGGGCCUAUCGAAUGCCCUAAAGAAAUUGAAUGUUCCCAAGCUAAAUUCAGGAGUCCUUAAACAGAACAUAGAAUAUGUUAGAAGUCUUAUAGCAUGCGAGGAUGAUGCUAGGAAUGUUUUGAAUAUUAUCUGUGAGAGAAAAGAUAGAAUUUCAAACCUCAAUCAGAGUGACACAAACAAUUUAUGUUCUUAUUUCGGUAGAAAAAAGAAGGAUCUGUUUUUAGAGGAAGAUGUUGAGAGAUUAAGAGAUUUACCUAUACAUUUAACGGCAGCAGGAGAAUUAGUUAGUCUAAGUGAUGCUUUUGUUUAUACUUUGCCUUCGCAAGUCCCUAGUGAUGAUACAGAAGUUUUCCAUAGUAAAACGGGUACAGUAUUCCUGAAAACUAAUCCCGAUUUGGAAGAGUUCCAUAAAACUAUUGGGGUAAGUGAGUUGUCUGAUUUGGAUGUCUAUCAAAACUUUAUACUUAAAAAUGUCGAAUUCUUGACCGACGAAGGAAGAAUGAAACAUUUAAAUUAUUUAUUCAAUCGUAUAAAGAAUCCAGAAAUAACCGACAAUGAUAAAUCAGAUUUAGUGAAAUUCUUAAUGGAUACACCGCUAUUCUAUCAUUCGGAAAAAGAGAGUAUGCAGAGGGUUUGCGAAUUUUACGAUGAAGAUGUAUCAAUUUUCAAAUGCCUACUCUCAGCAAGUAGCUUCUUGGCUUAUGAAAAUUUGAAACCUUUCUCUAAAAGUGAAUGGAAAGAAUUUCUUUUACUUUUAGGUUUAAAAAGUGAAAAUGACAUAGAUGAAAAGAUGAUUUUAGGUUUUGCUCGUGACAUAGAAGAAAAAUUCAAGAAUGGAGAAAAUGCUGAAAAAGCAUCCCUAACUUUCUGGGAAUAUAUUUACGAAAAAAUGAACAUUGAUAAGGUGGAAAAUAUUGGAUCUGAAUUGUCCAAAAUUGAAUGCGUUAGCACAACACCUAUUAAUAACGAUUUUAUUGAUCUCUUACCAAUUCCCUCUGAAAAUAAAUAUUCUUCUCUAAAUAAGUGCCUUCCGGUCAAGUUUAGCGACUGCUGUUGGACACAAGCAUCUUUUGUUCGUAAUUGGGCCAAUCCUAUCGAUACGAUAGAGGACAAAAUUAGAGCUAAGAGGCUUCAAAUUUCAUUGAAUUUCCAGGAAAAUCCAACUUGUAAAAUGGUCGUUAAUCAUUUAUUGAAAUUAAGUAAUGCCGUUGGAAAUAGACAAUUUUCAUUGAGUGAAAAGAAUCAUAUCUUAAAAUGCGUAUUCAGAGGUUGCUAUAGCUAUUUACAAGAACACUUACCAAACGAAGCUGAUAAUGAAAAAUUACUAAAGUUAUUGUUUGAAAACAAGAUUGUUUUCCUUGAAACACAUGUUACAAAAGCCAGGUGUACUUGUCUCGGCUUCAAUAACGUUGACGAUGAACUGAAUCACUUCAUACAUAAAAUACCACCGUCUUUCGGUGAAUUUUUAACCUUUUUUGAAAUGCUUGGUGCAACGGAAUGUCCCACUCCCAAUCAGUAUUCCUAUGGUUUAAAUGAGAUUGCAAAAUUGGAACUUCCUUUAACGCCUAAUGAAUUUAAAUUAGCUCUUAGAGCAACAAAAGGCUUACUACUCUCAAUUAAGAAAGGCGAGACAGAGUUGGAGGAGUUUCACCUUCCUUCCGAAGAUAUGGAAAUGAUACCUUCAAACCUACUGGUAUUUAAUGACACACCAGCAUUUUAUAAUAGGAUAAAUGGAUGUAAAGAAAUAAAAUUAUUAUCUGAUUUAACUCAGGUCAAUCUAACUCUUCACCAAACGCUAGAUUUGAUUAAAAAUGUGCCAGUAAAAGUUAGACCUAAACUUUUAAGCGACAGAGUGAGGGAAGUUUUAAUGGAGGAAGAGAGGAAAACUGCUACUAAAGAUUCGAAACUAGUCAAGUUUUUGUCGAAUCGUUUAAAGAGCGCAAAAUUCCACAUCGCGGUGGAACGUUUAAUAUAUCAUAAUUCUAUUCAAGCUGACUCAUCAAGAACAAAUGAAAUAUUACAUAACGUUGAUAUAAUGGCAGUAAAAAGAGUUCGAACUCAACUUAUGCUUGAUUCCAAAGUUGUAAAGGGAACUGAAAUAUCAAAAUGUUGUGUUUGGGAUUCGGGAAUGCUAUACAUCGAAAAUAAAGAAGAGUUUGAUAAACAGACUCUUAUCGAAAUAGUGCAUUAUCUGGCUGACACUAUAUUAGAGGGUGUACUCGGAAGUAGUUCACUUUACUUAGUGUCUUUGUUAACUGCAGAAAACGAUAAUGAAUUUGAAAUUCUACUAGAUGCAUUAAAUAUUAGAGUGAAACAGGUUGAUUCUUCAAAAACUAAUUCACCUUCAUCAAAAGUUCACAGUAAACAGGAAAAGUUUCUAAUGAAGAAAAAUGACUAUAGCAUAAACGAAAGCGUUGUUGUUAAUGUUGAUGGAGAGUAUAUGUUUGGUACUGUACAAAAUAUGUCAUCGGACGAAGUGUUUGUCAGUGUAGGAGAACAAACUGUAUGCCUUAAAUACUCUGAUUUAUACUUUAUUGAUCGUCUAUAA